AUGACUUUUCCUGAUAACUUCAAAACAUUGACACUGCUCUCUGGGGUGACCUACGGCUACGUCCAUGUUGCCGCUUCUCCUUACAAAUCCACCAUUCUCUUUCUCCAUGGCUUUCCGUCUUCCAGCUAUGGCUGGCGCCAUCAGGUCUCGCAUUUUGCCUCGGCGGGAUAUGGUGUUCUGGCCCCGGAUCUCUUGGGGUACGGUGCCACCGACCAACCACAAUCCGCCCAGGAGUACACAGCCCGGAAGAUGGCAUCGGAGAUUGUCGAGAUCCUCGACCAUGAAACGAUUCGUGGUCCCAUCCAUGGCGUUGGUCACGACUGGGGUUCUUUUCUCCUCUCUCGACUAGCUAACUACCACCGUGAACGAUUUCAGAGUUAUUCAUUUCUCGACGUGGCGUACAUGGUUCCCGGAGUGGAAUUUGACGUUGAUGCCUUUGAAGAAUCGGCCAAAGCCCAGUUCGGAUACGUGCAGUUCGGUUUCUGGAAGUUCCUUAUCGAGGACGAUGCCGCGGCACUCAUCGGUCAGCAUUUCGACUCGUUCCAUUCGCUGUUAUACGCCGCAGAUGCGGCCAUGUGGAAGGACCAUCUGGGCCCAAAGGAUGCCCUCCGAGCAUGGCUCACUACAAACCAAAUCGGACCUCUAGCUGAUUAUAUAACCCAAGAGGGGAAAAUCAGGCAUCGCGAGAUCUUUCAAGACAACUAUGGCCCGGCGACGAACUGGUAUCGAGCUUUCAUGGCCAACUUGAAUCAGAAGGAUGAGAAAGAGACCGUGGUUGAUCCUCAUCUUCGUCAUCCGGUAGUUCUCAUCACCGCUUCAAGAGACCCAGUUGCCAUUCCGGCGAUGAUGGAAUCGUGGACUCGACCUUUCGCGAAAGAUCUUCGAAUCCAUUCGGUUGAUGCAGGUCACUGGGUUCAGAUUGAAACGAAAAAUGAGGUGAACAGAAUCCUUCAAGACUUUUUUUCCGAAGUAGAAUAG